CUCUUAACAUUUUAAUCAAUCCCAGAGCGUAUAGGCUAGAGAUCAGAUGCCCGUUAGGCGUUCUGCCAUCGGAUCCGAUUUGAUUAUUCUGCCCUUGGAAAACGGAGAAUACUUUUUCUCGCUGUUUCUCACUGUAUUGGACUGUCACUGGGAUUCACAUUCAGCGCUCAUCAUCACGUAUGUAGGCAGCUAUACUAUACGCAGAUUGAUUGUGGGAAAUCCAGGAUUAAUUACAGUGUGCAUCAGCGGCAGCAUCAAACACACCCGAUGUGGAUGAAAUGAACCGUCGAUACGGCCUCUAAAGCAGCAGCAUGAUCCAUGGCCUGGCUGUGUGUGUGAGUGUCAGUGAGGACAGACAGUGUUGCAGCCCAGGCCAGAGGCAGCAGAUUGAAUGCCACUGAAGUCUCAAGGCUGUGAGCCCUGUGGAGUGUGGUCAUGACCAGCUGGGGCAGCAACAGUAGCAGGAAGGACGGCCAUGCUGCUGACAGUACCCCCUCCUCCUCCACGCCCCCCCGCCCGCCCCCCGGCCCCAAGCUGCAGGUGCAGCGCUCCCUCUCCCAGGACACCAUCACCAUCCACUUCUCCGCCCUGGGACAAGAGGAGGACGAGGACGAGGAGCUGUAUGGGUUUGGGGCGUCUGUGUCAUCGUCCUCCGCAGGAGAGGAGUCAGAAGGGCUGGGUGGGAUGGGGGGGAGGACUGAGGACCAGGGCAUCGUGACGGCCUUGGAAGCCAGCGAGGAGCUACUGUUUGAGGCUGGAAGGAUUGGGACCACCACUACCAUUGCUGUGUCCUCUACCACUCUACCCCACAGCCCAGCCCUGCCCAUCCUCCCCUCCUCCAUGCACAGGCCCCUCCAGUCCCCCCCUGCUUGCUCCUCCUGGCCCUCUGAUCACACAAGGCCCACGAUCCCUCCCACCUCCUCCUCCACCACCUCCUCCCCGUCUCGCUCCGCAGCCCUGCCCUCCAAGCCUUUCCUCAGCCUCAGGUCCCUGUCCAAUGAAAUGAUGGUUGCCCCUCCUUCUUCUGCCGGACGCCACCGCCACCACCUGAUGAAGACGUUCGUCAAGUCUCUCUCCACGGACAACACCAGGCCCGACCACCAGGAGGCGCCCUCACCACCAUCUCUCUCCCAGCAGCGCCCACCUCCAGAUUCCCGCGUCAACAACCUGCAGCUCUUCAAGCAGUUGGGCCAGCCGAUGGGUUCCACCACGUUUGGGGGUGGUGACUCUAAGACGGCCCCCUCCUCACCCCUCACCUCCCCGGCCGACGGGAGGUGUUUCUUCAAGGUGCAAGAGAUGGAGGCCAGGAUCGAGGAUACUAGGAGGCGUUUGUCGGAGGUCAUGUGUGAGCCAAUGCAUCUGUUCAGUAAGUUCAUGGGCGACGAGGCUGGAGGUGGGGCCGAGGGAGGAGGUACAGGAGGGGGUGCCUCCGCUACCCACCGCUCCCUCUCCCUCAGCGCCACGGAGCUCACCAACCUGGCAGGCCUCAAUGGGCACGCAGAGAGCAACAACAACUACAGCAUCAAAGAGGAGGGGGGCAACUCUGAAGGAGAGGAGGAGGAAGAGGAGGAAGAGGAGACCCCUACUGGUGAAGCCUCAGCAGACUCUGUCUUCUCCUCUCCUCCAGCCAAGUCCUCCAGGACCUCCAGGGUCUCCUCCCCUCCUCCUCUCCCCAGGUCCUCCUCCCUCGCCCUGGGUCACUGCUCUAUGUCGGCCCUAGUCCGCCUGGAGGACGAGGAGUUCUGUGAGCUCUACAGUGAAGACUUUGAGCUCUGUACUGACACUGAGACACCGGACGGGGAGCGGCCCGGGUCCCUGCAGAUCCAAACGGGAAGCACGGGUGUCUGCAGUGAAGCCGAGUCCGACGAAGAGGAGGAAGACUUACCAAACGUGCCCAUCACUGGCCUCCUCUUCUUCACGUGUCUCGUCUACAGUUACCUGGUAUUCCCCCUGCCACCCUAUUUGUGUGCGGUGGUGCAGGGGGUGGCAGCAGGGUUCAUGCUGGCUAUACUGGUGGUGUGGCUGUCGGCUCCGGAGGUCUCCAGCUGCAGUGGGACCAGGCAGGGCAGACGAAGGGGGGAGCAGUGGAACGUGGCCCAGCUGGAUAUCAAAGAACCUGGAAUCUUUAAGGGCUGGAUGAACCAGAUGUCCAGCUAUGACCUAGAGAUGUACCAUGCCACUCUGACCCACUCUGUGUAUGUACGUCUGGAGGGCUCCACCCUGCGCCUGUCCAAACCCAACCGCAACAUCGCCCGGCGGGCCACGCACAACGAGCCCAAACCUGACGUCACCUACAUCAGCCAGAAGAUCUACGACCUCACCGACAGCAAGAUCCACCUGGUGCCCCAGAGCCUGGCCAGGAAGCGCGUGUGGAACAAGAAGUACCCCAUCUGUAUCGAGCUGGCCAAGCAGGAGGACUUCAUGUCCAAGAUCCAGGCCCAGGGAGGGAGGCCCGAACCUGGGGAAGAGAAGCCGGCCGGGGUGGGGGAGAAGGGGGAGAAGCUGGAGGGUCCAGGUGGAGCUGGGGGUGGAGAGGAGCCCAGGAAACCCCCAGGGGAGCGGGAUCCGAAACUGUUCCUGUUUGGGAGGACGGGUCGGGAGAAAGAAGAAUGGUUCAGGAGGAUUUUGGUUGCAUCCAGACUUAAGUCUGAGGCUAAUAAAACAUCCAGUGAGCAUCCAGUAGGCGACUGGCCUCACAGACUGGAGGCAGAGAGCAGGAGUAGCAGCCGUGGCAGCCUCAUGGACGAGCCCAGUCAGAAGGACCCUUCCCUGGCCGGAGGGGUCAGGCAGAAGAUGCUGCUGGACUACAACGUCUACAUGGCCAAGUACGUCACCCCCCUGCCCCCGCUGGACAGCCCCCCGGCCAGCAGCCCGUCCCACAGCCCAGAGGGCAGCCCUGGAGCCACCAAGAAGUUACCCAGCAGCCCGUGCGAGCGGCCGGGGCGAGGGGCGAUGCCAGAGGCAUGGGUGAACGCCUUGAUAGGCCGGGUGUUCUGGGACUUCCUGGGGGAGAAGUACUGGGCUGACAUGGUCUCCAAAAAGAUCCAGAUGAAGCUCAGUAAGAUCAGACUGCCGUACUUUAUGAAUGAGCUGGCUCUGACAGCGCUGGACAUGGGCUUCUCCAUUCCCAAGAUCCUCCAUGCCUCCAAGCCCUCUGUGGACCACCAAGGUCUGUGGUUUGAUCUGGAGGUGUCCUACACUGGUUCCUUCAUCAUGACCCUGGAGACCAAGAUGAACUUGGCCCGUCUGGGGAAGGAAGGAGAGGGGCUGGGGGAGCAGGGGAAAGAGGGGCCCAGACCUCGGGCCUACUGCCUGGCAGACAGUGAUGAAGAGUCCUCCAGUGCUGGAUCGUCUGACGAAGAGGAUCCCCCAGAAAUCCCCAUGGACAUGGUGGGGGCGGAGGGUUUCGUCGGAGGCCACCGGCCCAGUAAGAUCAUGAGGUUUGUGGACAAGAUUGCCAAGUCUAAGUACUUCCAGAAGGCCACGGAGACAGAGUUUAUCAAGAAGAAGAUCGAGGAGGUGUCCAACACGCCCCUGCUGCUCACCGUGGAGGUGCUGCAGUGCCGCGGGAUGCUGGCCGUCAACAUACCACCCCCACCCACCGACAGGAUAUGGUAUGGCUUCAGGAGUCCCCCCCACUUGGAGCUGAAAGCCCGGCCCAAGCUGGGUGAGAGGGAGGUCACGCUGGCCCACGUCACCGACUGGAUCGAGAAGAAACUGGAUCAGGAGUUUCAGAAAAUAUUUGUGAUGCCAAACAUGGACGACCUCUGGCUACCCAUCAUGCACUCUGCCAUGGACACCCGUUCUAACGCCAACCUGGCUACUGUGACAACAUCGACCGAUGCCUUGAGGGACCCAGACCUCUCGGAGCCUGAACUCUUUGACAUGUGAAGACAAGACUCUGUUUCUGGGGUGUUGCUAAGGAUAAGUAAUUGGCGAUAGGACAGGGAGGCCCAGGCGACCUGUCAUCCCGGUAACCACUGGUGCCAGUGCCGUAGUGGGCGGGGCUUACUGUCUUCCCCUCAGGACAGUGGGCCAAUCCCACAGCCACUCCAGACUCCACUACCAGGAAGGCAGAGAGACAACCUGCUUACUUCUCACUUGGCUGGGACAUACUGCAUCAUUGGUUUGAGGGAAUAUUAAUUUGAGGAUGAUGUCAAUCAGACAGGUCAUGGAUUCACCUGGAUACACAGACCAUUUGGAUUGUAAGUGUGUGUGUGUGGUCAGACAAAUUGCCAUGCAGUGUAAACUGAAGAACCACACUACCUGUGAUGUACAGCAGCUACACCAAACGUCAUAGACGAACAUGAAAAGUGUGUGUACUAAUCGGAGUCCAUUAUAUUACCUGCAUUUCUUUUUCCAUUGAGUUUCAGACCCGAAACCCACGAAAAAAGGAUGGAUGUAGAUGGUCAUUGAGAGAAGGCUGUGUGUGUGUGUGUGUGAUUUGUCACAUACUUCAUCAUCUAAUGCACAUAUGGGCAUUGUGAGACAAUGUCUAUCCCUCUCUCCGCCCCCUCCCCAUCCAUCGCGUGGCAUUCCUUAUGCAAACAGGGCAACGCCACUGUGCAUCGAUCAACAAUACCAUCCUACCCCCAAAACAACUCAAACUGCAGAAGGCAGGCUCAUGCGGUAGUUACUGAAUAGCCUGGGAUGAAUAACCUUGCCUGAGACCUGAAAAUGUGUGUUGGACCCUCAAGAUAACGUCUAUGCUUUAGCUCAGUGUGCUCACACACUCUUGUGGCAUGGGUAUGAAACCCAGGUAAGUCACAGAUGAAGGCUAAAUAUAGUAGUUACUGACUAUAUAGCUUGGGAGCUUUCAUCAAACGCAUAGGGCCUUCAGUGUCUUCUGUCCACCAUUGCCUCAGCCAUUCUGAAGUCAAACCACGUUGUUGACGAGGUGUACAAAUACCAACCAUAAAUGUAUGUAUAGUCACAAUAGUCUUAUAGCUAUGAUGUCAAAAGAGGUGUGUAGACUGUAGACAGAAGGCCUAAUGAAUGUACCUUUAACAUGUAAAACAGGCAGUUCCCUAACUGGGUCGAAUAUAAAGGACCCUAAUAGACUGCUAACUUAGGGCUCCAUUCAAUCACAUCUGCAUAACGGUUGUUUUGCCGGUGUCAGAGGUGGAACUGCGUUAGAGCAGUCAAAUCCACAAGCGGCUUCUGGAAUUAUACCUAAAGCAUUUUAACAUUUAAGUCAUUUAGCAGACGCUCUUAUCCAGAGCGACUUACAAAUUGGCAGACAUUGCCAUUGUCUGUUUGGAGUCGCAUUAAGAGAAAUCCCAUGCAACCUUGUUUACAAGUUCGAACAUUGGAAUGUGAGAUGUUUUCUACACCUUAAUUAGGCUGAUAGAAAUCCUUUUUGUUGUUGAAUGAUUUUCAAUUUGAGCGUCAUUAUUUGUAUAUAAACUAUACUUUCUCAUUCUGAACUUCUAAUGUGUGGGCCGGUGUAGCUUUGUGACAAUGAUCACAAGAGCAGCUGCUCACCGAUUUCACAGCUUCAGCAGUUACACCUCCAAAACAUUAGCUUUGCAGGUGUCGUCUAUCGCUGGUUAAUGCUUGAUCUGAUUGAAUCUUGGCAUUACUUUGGCAGUGGUAGGAGAUAUUUCCAGAGUUAUUUUCUAUCAACCGUUUUAAAAUGCAGAGGUCAAAUGUAUUUGUCUCUAGCUGUCUUAUAGGCCAAGAAGCACUUUCACCACACCUCUUUUUAAAACUGUGUUUCUCAACCUUUUUUGUACCAGCAACUGGCAAAUCUGGUGUCUUAUUCAGGGGGUGAACUUGUACAGCAAGUCUCACAAUACAGAAACAGGACUGCCCUGUGGUCCAUUCUAGUUCGGACAAGGCAUGCUUAGUUACUGCCAAAGCUAUGCGUUUCCUCUUUGGAGCACCACUGCGCUACAUUACUUAAUUGUCAGACAUCCAUCUGAGGGACUGAUCAGCAACAUCCCAGAGCCCGGAGGUUGAGCAUCACCAUCUUAGACAGCGUUCACCAGCUAGGACACAUUACAGCUUUCACACACACUCAGAUUCUGAACAUGUUUAGAUGCCUGUAGCUGGUGAUUCAAACAGCCAUAACUAAUGUCAGCCGUACCACUCAGCCAAUGGAAACAUGAGCCAUUCAGUAAAUACGUCCGCUUUUCUUUAUCAAUUUCCUGUCUUGAAAUACCUGCCUACAUGCUAUGUACAUACGAAAAAUAUUAAACCGUUUCAAAUAUCAACAA